AAAACAAAUUUUUAUUCCCUAACAGUAAAGAAUAGCAAGGACUACUGCUAUGUCUUUAAAGAGAUACCAAUGACCAAGGCAAAACUGAUACAACUUCCAACUUAAUAGCGUAUGAACUAAGUACAAACAUUAACGAGUAGUAUCUUCUACACGCAGCAUCAAUUAUGCAUACUCGUCAAUUUUCAUAACCAAUUAAUAAGAACAUUUUCAACUUAGUAGCAAAACAGCAACAGAUAAUAGAGUUUUAGACAUGCACUAAUUUUGAAAAUUUGUUACACAUUUGUUCACAGAUUGCUGACAUUAGCACAUUACAUCUUCCAUCUCGCCACUUAGAGUGCUUGUCUACUAAUUACAUCCUGCUAACUAACUAGAUAGAAAUUAUAAUCUUUUUUUUUUUUUUAACAAGAGACUGGUUAUUUUCCUGAUUUUGCCUACCUUCUUACCAAAUUUCGUAACAUGUUUCAAAUGAAUUAUUCAGUGCACAGUCAUCAUUGUGGCCUAACAUUGUCCAAUGUAUAUAUAAGCCAAUGCUGUGAGAUAGUUUCUUAAGUCUUUGGGAGCAAAAGAUAUUAUAGGCCUCGAAGAGCUUCAAACCAUCAAACCCUUAAAAUGCCAACUAUGACAGUUCACACACUUGCAGUCAUAUUUGGCAUCUUAGGAAAUAUUGUCUCAGUUGGAGUGUUCCUUUCACCACUGCCAACUUUCUACAGGAUUUACAAAAGGAAAUCAUCUGAAGGAUACAAGUCACUACCCUAUGCUGUGGCGCUGUUCAGUGCAAUGAUGCUAUUAUAUUAUGGCUCCCUCAAGCCGGAUGGAUUUCUGCUCAUCACUAUUAAUAGUUUUGGAUGCUUCAUAGAGGUUAUUUACCUGGUGACAUUUCUUGUAUAUGCACCAAAACAGACAAAGAAUUUCACACUGAAGCUUAUAGUUCUAUUUAACCUGGGAGUAUGUAGCUUAGUCAUGCUGCUCACAACUUUUCUAGCAAAAGGUUCCAAAAGAAUUACUAUUGUAGGCUGGAUAAAUGCAGCUAUCAACCUCGCGGUGUUCGCUGCUCCAAUGAGUGUCAUGAGGCAAGUAAUUAGAACAAGAAGCGUGGAGUUCAUGCCUAUUUCUCUCUCCUUAGCCCUGACCCUUAACGCCACUAUGUGGUUCUUCUAUGGAUUUUUCCUCAAAGACUAUUUCAUCGCAGGACCAAAUAUAUUGGGAUUUUUUCUAGGAAUGAUUCAGACGAGCCUCUAUAUCGUCUACAAAUACUGCAUCAAAAGGACAGAACAUGAUUGCAUUCAUGAGGAUACAAACAGAGUAACAAAGUUAGAUCCAGUGGAUGAUGUAGUCAAGGACAACCAACCAAUUGAAAUGCAGAUAGUAUAGAGUAUCCUUUUCAACUAGGGUGAACUGUUAACUCUCCAUUGAGAUCUGGGGUUUCGGGAAAUCGCCUAGUACCUAUCUAUAUGAAGAGUUGAGACAAUCUAUGGUAGAUAAUGAUGUAGUUUGUGUGAAAUAAUAUUAAUAAUAACAAUAAUAGUGAUUCAAUUUACUGUCUCUAUAUCCAGGGACGGGAUGGGAAAGAGAAGAACA